UCUUAAUGUUUGCACUUGUCUGUUGCACGAUGAGAAAGAAUGAUACUUUUCGCUGAUAAAAAGGGGAUUUCACUCGCUGAGAAUUUGGUAAAAAAUGUGCGGAAAAGAGUUAACUGAAAAUUUUGAUCAACUCCACCACUCGCCGGAAGGUAGACUAUACGGGCGACUGUAUAGUUGACAGCGGAAAAUGGCGCCAACUGUUGCUCUAAUUCACAGCGAGAAGUUGCUCGAGGAAUGCGACAAAAUUCCCAAUCUCCUUGGCCGGGCAUCAAUGAUUUAUGGGCUCAUCGAGGCAUACGGAUUGCUGCACAAGGUGACUGUUGUGAGACCACGGAGAGCGUCUCACGAGGAGCUCCUUCUCUGUCACUCCGGGAAUUAUCUUAAGCACCUGGAGCACUGUGAUGGAGACGAGGAAGAGACUGAGGAAGAUGAAGAUUUUGGUCUUAGCUAUGAUUGCCCGAAAUUCUCAGGAGUUUACAAAUUCGCUGAGGUGAUUGCCGGAGGGACUAUUUCUGCUGCCGAAUCUCUGAUCUCCGGUUCCAGAUUCGCGAUAAAUUGGUCAGGAGGCUGGCAUCAUGCCCAGAGUGACCGGGCGGAUGGAUUUUGCUACGUGAACGAUAUUGUGGUGGGCAUUCAAAGACUGGUGUCACACUUUCCCCGGAUUCUGUAUCUUGAUCUGGAUGUUCAUCACGGAGACGGAGUGGAAAAUGCCUUUUCAUGCACGAAACGUGUCUUUUGCCUCUCAUUUCACCUCCACGAGGUGGGAUUUUUCCCAGGAAGCGGAGGAGUGAAUGAGUGUGGCUUUGGACCGGGGAAAGGUUACUCCGCUAACUUCCCAUACAAAAGAAAUAUCUCCGGAAAACGCUUCAGGGAAUCAUUUUUUAGAACUACCAAAUUGAUAAAGGAACAGUUCGAUCCCAGCGCUUGUGUUGUCCAGUGUGGUGCUGAUAUCUUAACCGGAGACCCUUUGGGAGGCGCCAAUCUGACACCGAGAGACAUGAUUGAGUGUCUGAACGAGGUAAAAUCUUGGAAUAUUCCCUGCUUAUUUGUCGGCGGGGGCGGUUAUAAUCUGCCCAAUGCUGCUCGUCACUUUGCUCUCCUUACCGCAACUAUCUGUGAUGCUGGUGAGUUAAAUGACGACAUUCCCGAGCAUGAUUACUUCAAUUCCUACGGCCCAGGAUUUGAACUCUCAAUUGAGCCUAAGAAUCUCCCGGAUAGCAACACCGAUGCUGAGCUAGAAACAAUUUAUAGAGCAAUUGAGAAAAAUCUGCUGGCAUAUGGUGUGAACGCAGAUAAGAAAGAUUAAUAUUGUAGAUAAGAUCAGUCAAUUU